AUGUCUUUCUUUUUUUCCUUUCUCACUUUCUAGAUGCAGCAAUUGUUCCAUGAAAACUAUGAACACAACCGCAAGGGUUACAUUCAAGAUCUUCACAACAGCAAGAUUCACACAGCCAUAACACUUCAUCCAAACAAAAGACCAGCCUAUCAAUACAGGCUGCACAAUUACAUACUGAGUCGCAAAAUUUCCGAAUUGCGCUAUCAGACUAUCCAGCUCCACAGAGAAAGUGCCCUGAUGAGCAAGCUCAGUAACAGCGAGGUAAAUAAGGAAGAUCAGCAACUGGGAGUGAUGCCAUCUUUCAAUAAUUUCCAGCCACAUGAAAGGAAUGAAGUCAUCGAGUGGGAGUUUCUGACAGGAAAAUUUUUUUACUCAAUGGUGGAGAACCAGCCACCGCGGCAGAGCCUGAGCAAUGUCCUGCAGGCUGCACUGGAUGACACUGUGAUGCAAGUCAUGGAAAUGAUAAAUGAGAACUCUAGAUCUAGAGGAAGGCUAAUUGAUUUCAAGGAAGUACAGUAUGGCUACCGCAGGGUGAACCCUCUGCAUGGAGUGGAAUACAUCCUGGAUUUACUGCUUUUGUACAAGCGGCACAAAGGAAGGAAAAUUACGGUUCCGGUGAGACGCCACACUUACCUGCAGCAACUGUUUAGUAAACCUUUCUUCAAAGAAGCAGAUGAGUUGGAUGUAAGAAGCCUGUUGGAGGAUACCAACACUAACACUCAGUCUUUUUCUUUUCUUUCAAAUUCUUUAAAGAUGUUUUCCUCAUCCUUCCAAGGCACCAAAGACUUUAGGGAACGCAGUGACAAGAAAAUACAUAUUCUUGUCCCUCUUACAGGAAGAUUUGAUAUUUUCUCAAGAUUUAUGGAUAACUUUGAGAAGACUUGUCUGAUUCCCAGGCAGAAUGUAAAGUUGGCAAUAAUUCUCUUCAGUUCUGAGUCGGGCCAAGACUCCAGCAAACACAUGGAGCUAAUGAAAGAAUACAGCAUUAAAUAUCCUAAGGCAGAUAUGACCCUGAUUCCGAUGGCAGGAAAGUUUUCUAGAGGCUUAGGUCUUGAAAUGGCUUCAUCUCGAUUUGACAAUGGCACGUUGCUGCUGUUCUGUGACGUUGAUCUGGUAUUCACACCAGACUUCCUCCAGCGAUGCAGAGAUAACACUAUUCAGGGAGAACAGGUUUACUAUCCUAUCAUCUUUAGCCAAUAUGAUCCAAAAGUAGUAUACGGAGGCAACCCUGCAGCUGACAGUAGUUUUGUUUUCACAAAAAGAACUGGAUUUUGGAGGGAGUAUGGUUUUGGAAUUACCUGUAUUUACAAAAGUGACUUACUUGCUGCUGGUGGGUUUGAUACCUCAAUUCAAGGCUGGGGACUUGAGGAUGUAGACCUCUUUACUAAGGUGAUAACUUCUGGCUUGAAGGCUUUCAGAAGUCAAGAAGUAGGAGUCGUCCAUAUUUUUCAUCCAGUUCAGUGUGACCCCAGUUUAGAUCCAAAACAAUAUAAAAUGUGCUUAGGGUCCAAAGCAGGUACAUUUGCCUCUACCAUGCAACUUGGUGAACUCUGGCUACAGAAACAUUUGGGUGUCAGGUACAAUCAAACUCUCUCCUGACAUCUCAGCCUAUUUGGCCUUUUUAGAGGAAUUUACCUCAUUAUUGUUAUUAUUAUUUGAUUUUGCUGUUGUAGUUUUAGAAUCCCUCCUUGUUUUCCAAAGACUGUUGACCUCAAAUGUGAUGAGUCUGCUGUUCACUGAUGUUUCUUGUACCUACUCAACUGGUGAGGUUAAUUCCUUCGUAUUUCCCUUGUUUGAAAUUCAGUCAAGUCACCGCAAUCAUAUGAUUCCACAGAGCACAUCCAUCACAAGAGACUGCAUCAGGAGAAUGUUCUUUUUCAGCUUCGGGAUGCAGUAUCAUUUUGUUGCAUUUCUCAAAUUUGAUGUGAUACAAAUAUUUACUGGUGAAGGUACCACAAAAGUGCUUUAUGCUUCUUCUGGGGAUGGAACUCUAUAAGAUAAAUUUGAGUUUUAUAAUUUAUAUGAGGACUUAUAUGUAUAAAUGCUACUUUUCUUCAUCUUUAGAAUUUUUAAAGUAAAUUAAUAACUAUGAUUGUAACUUUAUUUUUAACAACAAAAAAAA